AUGCUCGUGAUUGUUCAUUCCUGCUCUGAACUAGGAUUCAUUCCAGAUGCUUUGCUUAUCUAUCCAGCAAAAAAGCAAACAGGAGAUUAUCACAGUAAAAUGAAUGCUGAUAAUUAUCAGAAAUGGAUCAAAGAAAAACUUCUUCCAAAUUUACCACCACAGUCAGUUUUAGUUAUCGAUAACGCCUCAUACCAUAAUAAAAAAAACACAAAACCAAUACUAUAUGAUAUUAUUAAAAAAAAUAAGCCAAAUCAUGUCGAAUUUGUACUUGAUAAAAUACUCGAAGGUCAAGGACACAGUGUACUGCGCCUACCACCCUACCAUCCAGAACUCAACCUCAUAGAGUUACUGUGGGGAAUUAUUAAAGGUAAGGUUGCAUCACAAAAUGCUAAGUUUAACAUAAAAAAUGUGGAGGAGUUAUUUAGAAAAGAAGCAGAAUCUAUUACUCUUAAUAUGUUUAGUGCCGUUUGGAGAAAGACGCGAGAACAUGAAGAAAAAUAUGUUCAACUAGAACCAAAAGUGGAUAAUUUCACUGACUCACUUAUAAUAAAACAGGGAAAUUCUGACAGCGAAACAUCAAGUUCUUCAAGCGAUGAAAGUAUGAGGGCGGUAGAUGAAUUUAUAAAUGAUUCUGAUUAA